AUGAACCACCACCAACCAGAUCACCCACUCUCUAUCCAAUACCUCCCAAAGUGUAUCCAAGAUGCCCUAGGAUUCUCUAUCAAUUCUCGUCUAAAACAAGCCAUGUCUGGUGAAGGGUUCAUAAAGAAUAUUGGUGAUCACCUUCAAUUGAAAAUAGAUCAAUCACCUCUCCAAUUGGAUUAUGAUUCAAUGGAUAAAUCAGUCAUUGCAAUGCUACUUCAUCUACCAAACCUCAAGACAAACAAUAAGGAAAAAAACAGGAGUUUCGUCUUCAAAGAAACUGAUGCUUUUUAUAAUAAGAAUGUAACAUUAUUCCAUUCUUAUAUCCAAGAAAUCGCAUUAUCAAUAAUGUUUGUUAAAGGUUGUCCCAUAAGGACUGGCUCAAUGUUUGAAAUACUAUCUGGGCCUGAACAUGAUCUGAUCAUAAACUAUAUUCUGCAAAAUUUUUAUCAAUUAUUUUAUAUUCAAAUUGAUGAUGAAAUGAUACUUUUACAUAAUUCCAUAGUGGUGAUAUCUGGAAUCCUUCAAAGAUAUAUACUUGACAUUACAAAAGAAAUAUGCAAAGUCCAUUUAAAUAAACUAUAUUUCCAUUGUUGUGAAAGAGGUAUUAAUGGAAGUAUUAAAAAAUCAUUACCCACUAUAGUGAAUGCUCAACAUAUUGAAAAAAUUAUCAAAAUUCACAAAUUACAAUCACCAUUCCUAGAUCAAAACCUUGAGAUUCUAGUGAAAAGAAAAUCAGACGUUGGGGAUCCCACGUUUAAGAGAAAAUUUGAUUAUCUUUAUAUUGAACAAAAUUAUAUCAAAACAUCUCCAAGGUAUGAAUUAAGAUUUAAGAAUCUAUAUGAAGUGGAGAAUUUAUCAAAUAUUGAAAUGAUUCAUGAUGAUAUUGUUAAACUUUUAACAAAUAAUGAAGUUGUUGUUCCUUUUAAGAAAUUUGAUUCCAGUAUUCAUGAGAAAAAUUUCACAAUUUCAGCUCAAUCUAGAUCGAAAAAAAAUGAUUACAAGUUUAUUGCUGAGUUGACAAAGAUACAAGUUUUGAACGAGUUUUCAAAUGAGUUUUAACUUGUUGCAUUUAUUUUUAUACAACCUGGAUUUUCAGCAGCUCAGGAUGUUGGCUAGCUAGCUCUGCAUCAAACCAUUCGGACUUCAUCAAG